UCGCAAGAAUCAAAAGAGAAUUUUGUCUGACCUCGAAUAUCCAUGAAAAGCUUCUCAUCUCGUACAACUGAAAAAAUACGAAAUCCGCACGCGUGACUGUGGAAAGUCGUCACGACUGUCUUCUACUGCUCAAGAGCGUCAGUGAUCUGAGCAAUCGACGGCGCUUCCAGGAUAAAUACACGCACAGUCUUGAUAUACUACAAUUCUACUUCUCACUGCUUUAGCCUGUGCAAAUUUCAGAGCUCUCAGAACGGCGGGAGAAACACUCUCCCGAUCAACAGCGCCACCAUGUAGCCAUAGAUCAUGCACAGAAGAACUAUCAAUGCGGAGAGAACGAUCCUAGCGAGUAGUAGCAGGGCAACCGAUAACAUGUUGUGCAAACCGAAGAGUCUGGCGUGGCUGGCAGAUGUACAGGCCAUGAAUGAAACAGCGGGACGAUGCACUCACAGGGAAGCUACUUGGUUAGCUGCUAACAUUGCUGAAGGGAAGACCACGAUUUUCCAUAUCCUGCUUGGGGCUCAAAAGAGGCCAGAGUUCGAGAGGAGAUCAGACAAAUGCACAAGUGUUUCUCCCUUCCUGUCCGACCGAUUGAGUUUGAGGUUUGGAGCACUGCACGGCAGCUCGUAGUGAAGAUUUUCCAUGGAUUAGUCGUCUUGGGAAAGCUUGCUGCCAGGGUUCAGGCAUCUCGGUGAGGCAAAACACCAAACUACAUCUUUUUAUAUCACCGACGGCUGACAACGAUCGGAAAUCCGUGGGCAUUAGAAUUCGAAGAAGCAGGAAUCGGUUGUGAUUGUUGUGUUGUGCACAUGAAGAAAUUAUCCGAGUCAGAUGUUGAUCUCCAUCUUCACUGCUACUGAGGGGAGCAAUUCUCCGGAUGGAAGGAAGAACUUUGGAGAUUUUUGCAGUCUACAACUGACGGCGAUAAGUCACUUCGAAGCUAAGCUACAUGUCAAUUCUGACAAUCCAUUACGACUGGGAGACAGGGAGAGAUGCAAGGACCAGGGGGUAGGAGAGGGCAAGUGUGGCAGCUCGCCAGCGUAGGAAGCGAUCGCCACGCACGAACGAAGUGGCCGGGCAAUUUGCAAUGUCCACCAGGAAACGACUGCCAUGGUGUAAACAGGAAUGCGUGCAGUGGAAAGUGGACAGUCCCUGUACCUGAACCGCCUACAAUCACAAUCAAAGGCUGGUUCCUCAACAGCAAGGAGUGGUUCUGGGAUAGCCUCUUCAUCGACAGGAGAACUCUCGUCAACAGCAACAGUGGCCUGCACUGGGGCUUCCCUAUCACAGGUACCUCGAAGUGGAGAUCGAAGCUAUCAAGUCCCAG